AUGCUCAUACAGAAAUCCUUUUCGCUCGUUCCAGCGGAAGACAAAAGCUUGGAAAACCUUGUAAAUGAACUAGCCCAAUCUAAAAAGAACAUAAGGAAAAUACAAAAUUAUGGAGCAAAGGAAAGAAGCGCGGACAGUUCUAUUCAUAAAGAUUAUGUCAAUCAACAGGUAGAAAAGUUAACUAUCACAUCAGUUGGUUCGAGGCAAAAUACAAAUACAAGCGAAAAGGAUAAAUGGUGCAGCUUUAGGCAGAAGAAGAAUAAUGCCGACAAAGGCUUGCUCACCUUGUCCCCAAAAUAUAAAAAAAAUACGUUGAAUUGUAGUAAAAAUGAUAAGGAAACCAGAGGGGAUCCCUCCACUAGCGCGAAGUUCGAUUUGUCCAGCAUCAAAGAAAAUGAACUUUUCCAACGGAUUUUUAAGACGGUUGAAAGAGAAAAUAUAAAGUGUAAGAAUGAAAAAUUAAAAAGCAAAAGUGAAAAGCUGAAACAUUUGAAAAAUAAUUUAGGGAACCAAAAUGAACAUGUAAAAAGAAAAAAUGUGAAUGAGGAAAAUAAAGACCAAUUAACAGAAUUAAUAAGCGAAUUUAGAAAAAUCCUGAGUGAUAAGAAAAAGACAUAUGCCACAUUAAAAAUCAGGACUAGAAGUUUUCAGAAGGAACGCGCGUCUUUCCCCCCUUUUCCUGAUAAUGAUGUCGAAUACUAUAACAUGCACUACAAUUGCAAUGGCAGAAGUUUUAAAAACGAUUCAUGGGAAGAAGAUUAUGAGAAAUCCAAACAAAGGGAGAAAAAAAAGGAGAAUACGAAAAUGCAAUGUAUGGGAUCUCCCUACCAGAAUGGUCAAGACAGAAUCGCAAAGGGGACAGCUCACAGGAGUAGUCACAACCAGAAAGGAUGCUCUGCCAUCAGGGUUAACCAAAAUCGUCUAAUAAAAGCAGAACAUGGAAAUGAUUCUCAUUAUUUCACUAAACGAAGUAAUACAUUCCCACAGAAGGAACAGCGAAAUGAACACACUUACCGUCAAUUUGAAAAUCCAUCCAUUAUGUGGGAGAAAAAAACUGUGAAAGGCAAGAAAUUGCCACCCAAGUGGGAGGAAAAGAGCAGUCGUAGUAGUAGUAGCAGAGGAAAUAAGUCACAAUGUCAAUAUUACAUACGCUCUUGUAGCAGUAAUUUCUCUGUGCCAAGUAGUAAUAAUCACACAGAAUGUGAAAACAGGCUCAGCGUUGCCUAUCAAAAGGAUAAAAUAUGCAAAAAAGACAAUGACGGCAAGAAGGGUGGCAACCGACGUAAAGACAAUAAUGGGAAAAAGAGGGGGGUGGAAAAAAGAGCCAACACUCUGGAUAACAAAUUAUGUAAUUAUAAAAAUAAACGCAGUCACACAUGUGGGCACAUUUUUCGAAAUGCUUAUACAACCAGAAGAAGGGCAACAAAAUAUAAAUUGCUCCAUCGCAGACUUCCUUUAAUUAACGAUCAUAUGGAGGAACACAAUUCCCACAAAUAUGACAACUCCUGCGGUAAGAAAUUCCAAUACUUAGCGGUAAAAAAGAGGAGGAAAAAAAUAAACAUGACAAUUUUUGCGAAAAAGCAGAUAAAAAAGCAUAUGCAUGAAGCAAGUGGAGGAAAUUAUACACUAGAAGAAAAGUCUCCUAUUAUGUCCCCAAGUGAAUAUGCCAACAGCAUAAAGGAUGACUACCAUAACUAUUCACCAAUUAGGUCCAUUGAACACACGAGAGAAAACUCAAACGGUUGUGAAGAUGAUCAAUUUUACCAAGACAUGUUUAUAUCCUGUGAGAGAGAAUUAAAAAACCACCUAUGUAAUUCCAAUAAUGAGGAUGAAAAGAACUCAAGCCACGUUAAGGAAAGCAAUAAAAAUGACAUUUCCCGAAAAGACGUGAAUAAAAUGAACGAUUAUGUAAUAUUCCCCCAUAAUAGUAGUGAAACAGGUAGGGAUAGAUUAACCACAAAUGGCAAAGCAGGUGAUGAAAUGAACGAAAUAGAAGCCGAUGUGUGUGUCCCUAAAGGUGAAGACCAAACACAAAACACAGGUGUAGAUCCUGAAAAGUGGGAGAACGCAGGGAACAGUAAAAUAAAAAUACAAGAUAGAAGGAUUUUAAAGGAACAGACUUCAUUUAAUUGUGAACAGAAAGAAGAAGCAAACUUAAAGAACUCGAACGGAGAAAUUGCGGAUCUAUUAAGCCAUGCAACAGGAAACGCAAUAAGCAGAAGAAACACAACAAGUAACAUCCCCUGUGAAAGAGAGCUUGAUGGAGAUUUCGAUGAACCAACUGAGCAUUUAAAAAGAGAAAAUACAUCCAUUAUGGGACAUAAAAUAAUAGCAAACAGAGGCACACAUAAUAUAUGGAAGGACCCCAAUCCAGUUAAACUAAAUAAAGAAUUAUCCGAAUUACCACAUAGGGGAAAAGGCAUAAAACUUGGAAAGCAGAACAAAGAAGGAAAUGCAAAUUGCAUAACUACUGACCUGCGUGAUGAUACACAAAACCAUGUACUCCCUAAUCAACAGGGUAACAACCGGGGAAAGGAACAUAUCCUCCAAGAAAUACUAUCCUUCUACACUCGAUAUAAAAAUAAAUUAAACUUUCUUCUGCAGGAGGAAUAUAAUUAUUUAUGCAGGUUAAGGGACUACGUUAGAAAAAAUACUCAAGAAUCGGAAGAAAUGAAUAAAGAUGAUUCAGUCGAGGGAACUUCCACACAUGAGAAUUGCGAAGAAGAGAAUGUUUUAAUUAACGAACUUAUGAAUCAGAUAAAUAAAUGCAUAUCGAAAAAGAAUGUGUUACAAAAUUCGUGUGAUGAGGGAGACGUUCCAACAAAUCGGAUUAAAAAAUGCCAUUACAGAAAAGGAAAAGAAAAUUUUAUUUAUUAUUUAUACAAAGACGAUGCAGAUGUGCACCAAAUUUGUAUUCAAACAGACGAAAGAAUUAAGCAAAUUAAGUAUUAUCUAAAUCAAAAUCAGAAAAAAUGUUGGGGAAAAAACCAUAGUACCAGUAGGACAGAAGCUCCUUCCUUUGGAGAAUGUUCACCAAGCGGUUCUUCAUCAAAUAAGAGCGAAUUUUUUUGCAAAGACACUUCAGUAGAGUGUAACCCAUCUGAUUGCCCUUUUGAACGUGCAGACAUGACCAAUCUGCGUACUGUUGGGGAAGAAAUGAAGCAUAUGAGGAUAAGAAAAAGAAACCUGCCUUCAUGGAAGUGCUCAACAUUGACAAAAAGAACGCGCAAAGAAACCUUCAUUAGUACAGCAAUGAAUAAAAAAGUACUUGUGCGAAAAAAUGGAAGUUUGAAGAAAGACAAUUGUUCAAAAAUAAAUUUUAAAUACCAACUGCUCCACAGAAUUAAGGUGUCUAAAUAUCUCCUACAAAAUUUUACAAAAUUGGGAGGACAUUAUAGAGCCAGUUGGAAUUAUCUUCUAAGGGGUUUAAAAUUUGUAGGAGCAAAUAUCCUUCACCAUUGUGAUAAAAAUGAAUUGCAUUUUAAAGGGUCCCUUUCUCUUUUCAAUUACAAGUCAUGUUUUUUGCAGCACUUCAAAUCUAAUACCUUUUAUUGUUACAUUUUGUGUGAGAAGAAAAGAGGCAAUUUUCGUAAAAGGCUUAGCAAUGCCCCCAAUCGAGGAAGAGAGCUAAAUUAUCAACAUGCAAAAAAACUUGAUCAAAGAGAAUACAGUAAUUAUUUAAGUUCUACAGAUUGGCACACAGUUUGGGAGAACAAUAAGAAAUAUCAGAAUGUCGAAAGGGAUAGGAAAAAUAAAGAGGGAAAAAUAUUCACUAUGCCGACCCCAAUUUGUGAACGCAAUAUUCCUAUAACAGGAACGAACACGAACUUUAGCCACAUCACAUUUAGCCCUGUCUAUGCAGGGGAAUCGUUUACUAAGUCGCCUAUUACUAGUAGUGUGAUGAAAGACUUUAAUAAUAGUAUCCCCUGUAGUUGGGGGAAAGAUAUCACUAAAAAUGAGAGUGAUAGUUUCUCUUCGACCAAUUUGAGGUGCAAUCAGAAAAGCACCCCCGAUUUGUGUGGCACCAUGUGGAAAGGAAAAGGCAACACAGAAGAAGGAGCUACAUGUGAGAGUUUUAUCCACGGAAUUUCUAACUCCAAGUGGGCUACUUCCACAUCAACAUAUAUUACACGAAGGGGGGCAAAAAACAAUCCCCUUAAGAAUGAUACCCCCAAGGGUAUCCCCCUACAUCAGGGGAAGAUAAAUUUAAACACAGCCAAGGCUUGUCACGUAAAUCCUAAUUUGCUAAGCGAUAAGGACAAACGGGAACAAUUGUAUGAUAAUACUGCAGAUGGGAUAGACUGCAUGCAGUCUGCUGACGCAAUAAAAUCGUUGGGCAUUAAAAACUGGUCUACUAUAAAUGGUAAACUUAUAUGUGAGCAAAAUAAUCCAUCUGAAAAGUACUCCACUGGAAUAAGUCACCACAUAGGAGGUGUGCAAGAGGAGAAUUCUGUUUCAUCAAAUGAAAAAAAUUAUCUGAAAAAAUUGAUCCCUGUAAAACACACCAGCGCGCAUUUUAAGAUGAGUGAUAAGUGUAGAAAGGGGGGAGAGGAUGCAGAAUGGUUAAUCUUCCCAAGCGAGGAACGCACUGUAGAGUGUCCUCCACGAAGUGAAUGCUAUAUUAAUGUUUACGGAAAUAAUUUUGAUAGAAAUGAGAGCUUGGGGAAAAGCAAAAAUAUGUACCGGCUAAAUUGCUCAUAUGAUAAAAUUGUAAAUUCACUAUGCACAAGCAGAGGAAAAAUGGCGCAAGAAAAUGUUGGAAAGAAGAACAAUUGCAAGAAAGGGGAAAAAUACAAAAAGCAACCCGAUGUAAUUAACGAUGAAGAGGAUCAAAAUGGAAAAGUCAAUCUGUCCAAAUUAUGGGUAGACAAUUCUAAGGAAGUGAGUGAACAAAACAUAGAUAGCAAUACCCCCAAUAGGGGGAACGACAUCCCACGUGAUAAACUUAAUGUGAGCAAAUCGGAUAGCAGCUCUACGCCUGAAGCAGUGAACAAGUACUAUGUAGACUUGCACAGCAAUGGUGACAGUCACUCAAGGUAUAAUAUAGGAGCAAAAUUAAAGAAGAAGAAAAAAAAAGCAAAUAAUAUUCCACAUGUUGAGAGGGACGAAAAUGAAAAUAUGUCCAUACAAAAUGUAAAUUUGUUGGAAAAGGAAAAAAUAAAAGGGAACUCCCCUGAAAAGGAGAUAACACAAGGUGAGAGAGAUGCAACGCAAAUGCAUCAUAUCGGAAGGGAUCGCAAAGGAGUUGGCACAACCAUAUGCUCCUCACGUAAUAGUCAACAGAACGGACAGUUAAGUUCACCUUUCGAUGCAACAUAUUGUAAGUAUAAAGGGGGAAAUGACCAUCUGGACAAACAUUUGAAUUUUGAAAAAAGGGAAAGUAACAAUUUCUUCAACGAAGCAGUGGAUAUAUCCCACAGUAUCAUGCAGGAAGAAAAUUCCAAACCGUUCAAAACUCAUGGGGGCAUAAGUCAAAAUGAGGUAAAGACAAAAUGGGAGAAACUAAAAAGGAGUGAUUAUAAUCUAGAGGAAUACACAAAUUUCACAAACUCUUUAAACGGAAGGAGGGAGGAAAAUUAUUUUUUCCCAUCAAGGAAAGAAAAACACAAUUUGAGAAAAUUAAAAUAUGAUAUCAGCGAGCAUAUUUACGGAGACAUGCCUGUUAAUUGGAACCCAUACUCGAGCACCUCCCAAAAGGAGACAAUUUACGGGAAGGAAUGUACGGCGCAAAAAGUAGAAUCACCAAGGUUGGUCCAAAAUGACAAAAAAAGGGAAAACGCCCCCAUAAGUGAUGAAAAUACACUGAACAAGGAAUAUUUCGAAAAAAUAAACGACCAUUUUAGCCAAUCCCAUUUUAGCGAUUUUUACAAUUCGAAUAGUUUUUCCCAAGGCUCCAAUUUUGCAGAGCAGGAUUGGGGCGUAAGAAGGUACAGCAACUCUUGUAGUAUCUCCCAUAAUUUUAUUAACACAAAUAAGUUAGAUCAAAUUAUUGAGAAAAUAAAAAAAUGGAAUGAAGACAUUUCAAGCAAUGUAAACUAUGUACAGUGCUUAUUUUGUGAUACGUAUUUAUUCAAAGUGGAAAAUCAUCACGAUAGGGACAUACUGAACUGUACGAUAGACGAAUCGAUCAGGAGAGAAAAAUAUACUUGUGCCAUCUGCAAACAUAAAAUAAGAACGCUACGUAAAUACAACGAUGAGGUUAAAAUUGGAGAGCAGGUUGUUGACACACAAAAGGGGGAUUAUUCUGACGGAAAAUUAAAGGAUGGUAAAAAAUAUAUCCUUCACAAUGCAGAGGGUGCAGUAGAUUUUUUAAAAACGGAAAAAUUAGAAAACUCACUUAUUAACAUCACUUGCUCUGGGAGUAAUAAAAUUUCCACCUCCAUCCGAACGGAUGCAUCUCUAAACAGUGAUAUUCUUAAGAACGGUGACUACAUCAGCGGAAGGAAAAGUGAAAAUGGAAAUGUCCUCGGUGAAAAUUGCGGAAGUGAUGACCCUCUCCAGUUUGCAAAUUGUGGCACCCCACAGCAAGCACUUUCUUUUGACAAUAGAAAUUUGAAUUAUCCUCGCGAUUUUGCGAUUUUUGAUGAUACGGUUGGGAACGGUUCACGUGACAGCAACAUAGAUUCGAGCCUGUUCCGUUUUGAGCAGAUCCAUCCUAGAACCCCCAGCGACAGCGAUAGCAGCGAAGCUAUUGACAGAAGGAGCACCAGAAGCAGUGUCAGUGGGGAAAACCUAGCGCACACAUACUCGUUAGACAAGGGAAUGACAACACAGGAAUGGGGUAAAUUGGACUACAUGGGCGCAAGUCAAGGACGCCAAUUUGAACACACACAUGGUGAGGAUGAUAAUGAUGCAGACGUCGUCUUGAUGAGAAAGACCAGCAUGGACACACAGAACCCGGAGGAGUUACUUAAAAAUAGAGACAAAACAGAUGGUGAAAAUUGGACGAACGAAAAUGGUGCAAAUGUAGAGAGAGAAAAAAAAAAAAAAGGGACCUUUGACGGAGAGGUCAUUUACAAGUGA